GAGGCAUCCGUUGUGACCUUCUCAGUGGGCAAUUCACCGUGGCCUAGAACACAUCUAGGAACGCCGGAUAAAUCCAUGUAAUACGCGAUCCGUACAAAUAUUUUCCGAACAUGGGAUGCUGUUUGAAGAUGUUUGGCCUGGUGACGUUGGUGUCUGCCGUUCUGCUUGGACUUGGUUGGCACUGGCUGACGACGGUUCCGGAUGUGCCCAACAUCAAAACUGAAUACUGGGGCCCAGGUACACCAAAGCCUGACGACAAGUCCAUCAGGCCCUUUAUAAUAAACGUAUCCGAUGAGGUAAUUAACGACCUUAAAGAUAGGCUUGCGAAAACCAAACUGACCAAGCCUUUAGAAGGAGUUGGCUUCCAGUACGGCUUCAACACGGGCUACUUAGCAAAGAUCCUCGAUUUCUGGAGGACCAAAUACGACUGGAAAGAGCGCGAAGUCUAUCUGAACAAGUACCCGCAGUUCAAGACGCAAAUCGGCGGACUUCAGAUCCAUUUUCUCCACGUCAAGCCCGACCCUAAGAAAGCCAAAGGCAAACAAACCAUUCCACUCCUUAUGCUUCAUGGGUGGCCAGGCUCAGUCCGAGAGUUUUAUGAAAUCAUACCCAUGCUCACAACCCCAAAACCUGAGCAUGACUUUGUGUUUGAGGUCGUAGCGCCGUCGCUUCCAGGUUAUGGGUUUUCUGACGGUGCUUCAAAGCCUGGACUAGGCCCUGUUCAUAUGGCAGCGCUCUUUAAUGACCUCAUGGUUAGAAUUGGACACCAAAAAUACUACAUCCAGGGUGGUGACUGGGGUUCUAUCAUAGGUGUUUCUCUGGCAGUCAUCAGACCAAACAAUGUUCUUGGUUAUCAUUCCAACAUGUGCUUUGUAAACAGUGCUUUGGCUAAGUUACAAACAUUGGUAGCUUAUUUUUUCCCAUCUUUGUUGAUCGAAAAACACAUGCAGGCAGAUUAUCCAAACACAUUUUUUAAUCUUAUUCUCGAAAGUGGAUACAUGCAUAUUCAGGCAACUAAGCCUGACACUGUUGGUGUUGCUCUUAGCAACUCUCCAGCAGGGCUUGCAGCUUACAUCUUGGAAAAAUUUUCAACCUGGACGAACAAGGCAUGGAGGGAUCUCUCUGAUGGAGGUCUAGAGCAUUACGACAAAGCUGCAUUGCUUGAUAAUGUUAUGAUUUACUGGAUUACGAAUAGUAUCACAUCUUCAGUGAGACUGUAUAGUGAAGCAUUCAGCAAAAAUUAUCAAGCUCUCCGUAUGGACGAAAUCCCUAUGUUGAGACCCACAGGCUGUGCAAGGUUCAAAAACGAACUUGUCUUUUCAUCAGCUUCAAUGCUCACCCAUCAUUUGAAAGAUUUAGUUCAAAUAACGGACUAUGCCGAUGGCGGUCAUUUUGCUGCUUUCGAGGUCCCUGACGUUCUUGCUGCGGACAUCUGGAAAUUUGUUAAGACUGUUAGGCUAAGAAAGUCAGCAGUGUGAUAAUGCUGACAGUUUGCUUUUCAUUAUGUUUGUUGUUGCUUGUAUUAUAGUUAUCAUAUCGUCAAUAAAUUGUAAAACUUUUUAAA